AUGUGGCCACAUAAAAAGGGUCUUGGAAAUCGACUAAGCUAUGGAGUAUAUGGAAAUGCUAUUGUUUCAAUAGAUACCUUGAUAGAGGCACAGAACCAGGAUCGACUGUCCAAUACCAAUACAAUUCCUCACAAUGAUCUCGAGAUGAGCACGAAACCAAUACCUGUAAUAUUUCCCAGACUAAAUGAUGAAACUAUGGAACUUAUUCCUAAACAAAAUAGUACUCAGGAAUUGGUAGAGAACCAAAUUUCUAAAUUCAACAUUAAUUCCUCAAUGGCCAAUUCAAUUAGCUCCUCUACUGUCCCUAAAGGAAAACUACCCAACGAUUUGAGCAACAAUACGUAUAUACCGCAAGAGAUAAUACGAGCAUACAUGUUUGAAUCCAAAUCUUUAACAUCUAACAUGGCAUAUGAUCCUAUUGAUGGAGAUCUUUUGCAAACAUUUGACAUUUUUGUGAAAUCAGAGGAUGCAUAUGUUGAUGUGAUGACCUUUGUGACAGGCGAAUCCAUGUCAAUUUUGAAUAUAUCAACCUACGAAAUAAAAGAUGAUUGUAUUCUAUUAUCACCAGCAUAUCAAAUUGACUUUUGCGACCCAAUAUUACAAAUUGAAGUUUCAGAUAAAAUUGAUGGUGUUGGAUUGGUGGCAAUUCGAACAGGCGCCAAAGUAUAUAUUUUGAACACUUGUCUAGAUAGGCUAACUUAUAUUGAAGAAAUCCCCAAUGUAGUACUAUUUGUAUUGGGAGAAAUAUCUGCAAAGUGCUUGGCGGGAAACGUGCUAGCUGAUGUUCGCUUUUGUCCUAAUGACAGUAGGAAAGUUGCAGUGGUGGACAUCAAGGGCAAUUUGACUGUGUGGUAUGUCAAUAAGACAGUUCCUAGUAUAAGAAAGUUUAGCAAAGAACAACUUGUCGAUGAAUCAUCGGAUUCACCAUCGUUAUCGAAUUGGCGACGUAUUUGUUGGCUCCCACUUUGCGAUAAUUUACUAAUUCUUUCCAGAGUUGAAAUUUUAAAAGUUAAUUUUAAUUCAGAGUCUUCGAAAAAGAUAAUAGUUACAUCGAAUACCUGGUCUCGAAUAAGAGAUCUAAAUGUGGUUGAUGAGUACAUGUUUUUGUUGACUUCUAAAGAAUUGAUUUGGUUUAGUGCUAAAGAUAAUAUGACAAGAUUGCUAUCCUGGAAACAUUUUUUAGAUGAUAGUGACCCAUCCUUAAAAUUCAAAGUUUUGGAAACCUCUCCGAAAGUAUUUACUUGCUUUCUAUAUUCACAAGUGAAUCCUUUGAUUAUUGUUUAUUCAUUUGGAUUUAAAGGAGAUAAGCCCUAUAGCUUACGAGAUCCUUAUUAUUUUAGAAAAAGUUUUGAUAAUUACGAUUUGAGACAAAUACAUGUGGCCAAAACAGAAGAUUCGUUGUUACUUUUUGAAUUAACUACUGGGUUGGCAAUAUAUCUGAGACGUUUAACUAGCAAAAAUGAAAAUUAUGAUCCAAAUUCCCUGUUUCAUUCCAAUUUGGUAGACACUGGUAUUGACAAGCACAGAAAAAAUUACUUUAAACAGUUUUCCAAAAAAGAAAUCAAGCAAAUGAUAGCCCAGUUUUCAAGUACAGUUGAACCUGAUUGUACUACAGCUUCACAGCAGAUUGAUUUGAUUCAGCGAUAUGCAUAUGAAUUAGGAAACGGAUUUGCUCAAAUGGGUAAUUCUCAAGCAGCACAACAACUGCAUUAUUUCUCGUUAUAUGAAGUUUGCAAUAAAGUGCCGUUAGGGGUAACUGAUUUGUUAGAAUUAGAUGAUAUGAUUGUGCAAUUAGAGAAUUCUUUACCUCCAGAUCGCCUCAAAGUGAAAAGUUUAAUCAAUAAUUCAUUUAUACAAAGGAACAAGUUUAUUAAUAAAAAGGAAGCAAAUACACACAUCUAUGAUAUUUACAAAUUGUUGGAACAAAUUUAUCCUAGUCAUAACAAAACAUCAUCAAAGUUAGCUGUAUCCAUAUUAAUAGGAUUAUCGCUAAUAAAAUGUCAAUACGAAUCAAACGAUUUGCAGGAGAGAUUAGAAAAAUCUAUAGCCAAUGCACCAGAGAAAGUACAAACCUUGUUGAGCGAGUGGGAUGAGGAAGACGACCAGGACAACGCCCAAACAGAGGGUCUUACACCCACUCAACAUGAUUCCCAGUUUAUGAUUCCAACUAUUAAUUCGUCAAUCCCUCCACUCAGAGUAAACUCACAACCAAGUCUUCGCCAACAAGUCUUGACUCAAAAUUCACAGACUCAAACAUUACUCACUUCAUCAUUAAACUCAGCUGUUCCAUCUAUUGCUAGUUUCCCUUCACAAAAGUCAAUAUCAUCGCAGGGGAGCCAAUCAAGAUCAGGCUCACAACCUAAAAAGAAACGGAAAAAGAAAGGAGGGUUUGUAUAG